AUGACGCCCCGUGCACUCACGCCAUCCCCACCGCGGGGACACAAUUCGCCCUCCCACUCAUCCAGCCGCGUGUCAUCUCGCCCCGACAAGAAACGCACCCUCCUUUGGGAUUGGACUUCAGUGCGCGACUCGAUCCCUCUCCCCGUUAUCCCCACCAACUCUCCCAUUUGCGCCUGCCAUAAUUGGAACACAUGGGCACCACCCGAUCUCCCCGCGCACGUCCCCUUCCGGCCGAUGUUCCGCACAGUCGAGCAGCUACAGUUCCCUGAGUUCGAGUAUGCUCUCAGCCAGCCAUACCCGAUCAUGCACUUCCUCAACGAGCCGGAGCGCGCAGACCUGACGCCAGAGAGGGCCUGUGAGCUGUGGUUUGAGAAGAUAGUGCCUCUGAGGCGGGAGAGGGGGACUAAGAUUGUGGGACCGGCGGCUGCUAAUGAUCACCCCGGAACUGUCUGGUUGGAUACGUUUAUGGCUCUUAUUGCGGCUCGGGAUUCGAGAGAGCGACCUGACUUCCUCGGCCUCCAUUACUACGGCACUAUUGCGGCAGAGGCUAUAGGCUAUUUGACGGACAGGCAUAGGAGGUAUCCAGACUUGCCCGUGAACAUCAGCGAGAUCGCGAGCAUUAGUCGCGACAGGCGGCAGGUUGAGAAGUUUAGUAGGGAGAUCGCAGAGUGGGCUGAUAGGACGGAGUGGGUGCUAGAGUAUGGGUUUUUUGGGAUGAUGCAGGAGUGUGCGGAUGAAUUUGUGAGCCCGCAGGCACAGCUCAUGGAUAAGAAAGGGCAAUUGACUGGAUUGGGAAGAUGGGUCAUUGGCGUCUGA